GUUUAUUUUCCAUCAACCGACCAACCAGAUUCUCAUUAGUGGUCCGUUGGUCAUCGCGUGACCUUCAAACCUUCUCUGUGUCUUCCCCGAUGGUAUUGGAAGUUUGAAUUAUUUCUGUUGAGUUAAUGAGAUGAGGUCAGACAUGUCAGGGGGAGAAUUCAGCGAUCACAGGAUUCUGUUACCGUCGAUUUCGUCGGCCUCUGAUUCCGAUUUGGAAACACAGGGCACGAAGAGGAAAGGGAUUAGGGAUCUGCUAAAGCAUUUGGAUCGAGGAUUAUCUGGCCGACGGUUGAGUCGCAAGCAUUUAGAUAGGGAUCCAUCCUCUUUAUCUUUAGAUCACUCCCACGAUGCUCUUGGCGAUGGCGCCCCUCCAGAAUGGGCGUUGCUACUUGUAGGUUGUUUUCUCGGCCUUGCUACCGGUCUUUGUGUCGUCGCGUUUAAUCACGGGGUGCAUGUAAUACAUGAAUGGGCCUGGGCUGGUACUCCAAACGAGGGUGCGGCUUGGCUGCGUUUACAGAGACUAGCCGAUACAUGGCAUCGGAUACUAUUGAUACCGGUGACAGGAGGAGUAGUAGUGGGGAUGAUGCAUGGAUUACUGGAAAUUUUUGACCAAAUAAAGCAGUCCAGAUCUUCUCAAAGGCAAGGCCUUGAUUUGGUAGCUGGAGUAUUCCCUACAAUAAAGGCUAUCCAGGCGGCUGUAACAUUAGGUACUGGUUGUUCUUUAGGCCCUGAGGGUCCUAGUGUGGAUAUAGGAAAAUCAUGUGCCAAUGGGUGCUCUGAAAUGAUGGAAAACAACAGGGAAAGAAGGAUAGCUCUUGUUGCGGCUGGUGCAGCUGCUGGAAUUGCUUCAGGGUUUAAUGCGGCAGUUGCUGGUUGUUUCUUUGCUAUUGAAACUGUUUUAAGGCCUCUACGUGCAGAAAACUCGCCUCCAUUUACAACUGCUAUGAUAAUACUGGCAUCUGUUAUAUCAUCAACUGUGUCAAAUGUCUUACUUGGAGAGAGACCAGCUUUUACAGUGCCCACGUAUGAACUGAAAUCUGCUGCUGAACUACCGCUAUACUUGAUACUGGGCAUGUUAUGUGGAGUAAUAAGUGUAGCUUUCACUCGCUUGGUGGCGUGGUUCACUAAGGCUUUUGAGUUUAUCAAGGACAAAUUUGGCCUUCCUGCUGUUGUGUGCCCUGCUUUAGGCGGUUUAGGAGCUGGAAUAAUAGCUCUGAAGUAUCCUGGUACACUGUACUGGGGUUUCACAAAUGUGGAAGAAAUUCUCCACACAGGAAAGAGUGCUUCAGCGCCUGGAAUCUGGCUGCUAACUCAACUAGUUGGGGCCAAAGUUUUGGCCACAGCUCUAUGCAAGGGGUCAGGACUUGUAGGUGGUCUUUAUGCCCCAAGCUUGAUGAUUGGUGCUGCUACUGGUGCUGUUUUUGGUGGUUCAGCUGCAGAACUCAUCAAUUCAGCCAUUCCUGGAAAUGCAGCUGUUGCCCAGCCACAAGCCUACGCGCUAGUUGGCAUGGCUGCUACAUUAGCUUCAGUUUGUUCUGUGCCCCUGACUUCGGUACUACUUCUGUUUGAGCUGACAAAAGAUUACAGAAUCUUGCUUCCACUGAUGGGGGCUGUUGGAUUAGCAAUAUGGGUUCCCUCUGUAGCAAACCAAUCCAAGGAGUCAGAGGUAUCUGAUACAAGGAACCUAUCACGAGGUUAUAGUUCUAUUUCACAUGCUGAAGACAAGAAUCAGGCUAUUUGGAGGAGAACUGAUGAUGGAAAUGAUUUAGAGCUUUCUGUCAUCAGAAAUGCUGUUGAUCAUGGAACCAUUAAUGAAGAUAUUCUUUUGGAUGAUUUAAAGGUCUCUCAAGCUAUGUCAAAGAACUAUUUGAAGGUUGCACCAACAUUGACAUUGGUUGAGACGAUAAAACUUAUGCAUGACUCGCAGCAGAAUUCUGCAAUUGUGGUUGAUGCUGGAGAUCUUCUCGAGGGAAUCCUUACACUUGGGGACAUCAAGAGGCAUCUGUCCAGGACGUCUAGUGAUGUUCCAGAUGGUGGUGCAUCCGUUUUGGAUGUGAAUACCUGUCUUGUUUCAUCUAUCUGUACUCGAGGAUUUCAUUACCGCAGGCAUGAGCGUGGACUUUUAACUUGUUACCCAGACACAGAUCUGGGAAUUGCCAAGGCACUAAUGGAGGUCAAAGGAAUUAAGCAGUUGCCUGUGAUUAGGCAUGGUGGAGACCCGAGAAAAGAAUGGAAGCGCAGAGUCGUUGGUCUUCUUCAUUAUGAUUCAAUAUGGCGCUGUCUCAGAGAAGAAAUAGAGCGUCAUAAAUUGGACUACCAACAGGUGAAAGAAGAAAUUCUUGGGGAUAUCGCUGUAAAUGGUCACUAAAUGCAGUUGUGGGAGCAAUUUUGAUGCAUUCUGGUCUUUCAUUGACUGCCCCAUCAAGAAUUAAGAGUUGACGCCGGUCAAGGCCACUGAAUGUAUUGUUGUUUGUUCUAGAUUUGGACAUGAAAUGCAGCAGCCAAGCUUCUGACUCCAUUGGGUUUCAUUAUUUUUAUACAUAAGAUUGUUAUUCAACAAGCCUAGGCUGAUAUGUAAGAUACUUUUCGUGUAGUUUAUAGCACUAGUACAUUGUCCAUGUAAAGCUUGUAUCACAAGUUAAUAGUUUCAACGAAUCACAGGGAUUAAGAGGAGGGUGGGAGGGGAGAGGGAGGAUUUGAUUCAGAUGACGUAUUUUUGGGCCAAUAACAGGAUGCUCCAAUGUAGCUGUUGAUUCAUCAAUUAUUUAUUCUUUUGAUGAGCAA